AUGGAUAGGCAACAGAUUUUUUUACUGACAGUGAACGGGUUAAAGGAAAAAUUGUUGGCACUGGGUUUAUCGACAAAUGGCCGUAAAGCCACGUUACAGGACAGACUUUGUGAGCAUUUUGGACUGACUGUAGAUGCUGAAGAGGACAGCUCGGACAGUGAAACAAGCUCAGUGCAAAACAACAUGUUACCGGCGAUGGGGUCCGGGUCUCCAGUCUUCACCCUACGCGAUCUUGAGGAAUCUCUUACAACUUUUAGUGGUACGGGGCAACACGCAGUCGAGGAGUGGCUCGAUGAGUUUGAAUCAAACGCCAUGGCAGUUCGUUGGGGAGAUUUACAAAAGUUUAUAUACGGGAAACAAUUAUUGAAAGGUGCCGCGAAAAUUUUCGUUCGCAGUCAACGGGACAUAACUAGUUGGAGUGCACUUAAACAAUGUUUGCAAAAAGAAUUCGGAGUAGUAACAUCGUCAAUCGAAGUGCAUCGGGCACUUAAGAAUCGGCGAAAGCGCCCAAACGAAGAUUAUCGCGAGUAUCUUUAUAGCCUUAUGGACUUAGGUAGGCCAAUAAAGCUAGACGAAAGAAGUCUCAUCGAAUAUUUUGUAGAGGGAAUCCCAGAUUCCAGACCAAACAAAGCUAACUUGUAUCAGGCUAGUUCGAUAGAAGAAUUAAAAGCUCAGAUCCUUGUUUAUGAAAAAGUUCGCUCGGGGCGUCAACCCAAUGUGAGUACAUUUCAAAACAAGCGUGAAGACAAUAAUUCUGUGACUAAAGAUCAGGGACCCAGUAGGAAAAUUUGUUAUAGGUGUGGAGAAGCGGGUCAUUUGGCGAAUACCUGCAAACAGCAACGACUAUCAAAGUGUUUUGGGUGUAAUCAGCCAGGGCAUCGUAUUGCAGACUGCCCAAAGAAGAGAACGGAGGUAAAAAGCGAGGGGACAAGGGUAAAUACGCUUGAAAUGAUGCGUAUGGCGUCCCUUGGCAGCGUAGUUUACAAAGAAUUAAUUAUUAACGGGUUUACGUUGUCAGCAUUGCUGGACACUGGUUGCGAUCUGUGCCUCAUGCGUUACGAUGUGUUGAUGAAAUUAGGAAGGAUUGAUUUGUCCAAUGAUAUAAAUCACCUUCGUGGAAUAGGAAACAGUAUACUUACAACUAUUGGCAGUUUCAUAAUCAAAGUUAGCGUAGAUGGAGUCAAAGUGGAUAUCAAUUUCCAUGUUGUGCGUGAACGCGACCUUAUUUACGAGGCAAUAAUCGGGAAUAGUGUAUUGAAACAGGUUGACUUGGUUAUAAAGGAAGGCGAGGUAGAAUUUAAAGCAAAGGUGAAGGAAACGAAUGUUCAAAACCCCAUGGUAGAGAAAAAUGAAGGUAAAAUAGAAGUUCUUAAUGAGUUCGAAGAUAUGUGUAUGGCCGCGGAAGUAAUGUCAGGGAAAACUUUACAGGUAGAUUUGUCGCAUCUCAGAGGAGAACAAGAAAAGGCAAUAGAAGCCAUUGUUUGUGAUUACUCGCCUAGUAAGCAGCAUGAUUCCCCGGUUUCUAUGAAAAUUUGUUUGACGGAUGAUACUCCGGUAUUCCAAGGGCCAAGACGAAUGUCGUACUCCGAUAAGUGCAUUGUCGAUAAACAGAUUGCAGAAUGGAUGGAGUAUGCAUCGCCGAUCGUAUUGGUGGGAAAAAAAGACGGAACCAAACGUCUGUGUUGCGACUACCGACGUUUGAACGAGAAAAUCAUGAGGGAUAAUUUUCCAAUGCCACUCAUAGAUGACGUUAUAGAGAGAUUACAAGGCGCAAAAGUAUUUACAACGUUAGAUUUACGGAAUGGGUUUUUCCAUGUGCCGAUAGAAGCAGGUUCGCGGAAAUAUACGUCAUUUGUGACCCAUCAAGGUCAAUACGAAUUCAUUUACGUUCCUUACUUCCAAUUCCCCAGCAGUGUUCACUCGAUACAUUUUCGCAGUGUUUCGAGACUUAGUGAAGGAUGGCAUCGUGGUAACUUACAUGGAUGA